GACCUUUGCACGGCUUGGACGCAGGCUUGUGAUUUCAGCCACAGCGGCUGUGAGCUCCCGUAAUAUAAAGAUUCAUUCCUUAUAUCUGUCGUCGGAGCUCUUACGGAGGGAAUCCGGAUGGCUGGCAGCAGACUGGAGAAGCUGGGGACGGUCUUCAGUCGUGUUCGAGAUUUGAUGCAGUCAAGAGUCAUAAAGCCUGAAGCAAAGCCUGUCUGGUAUGAUGUCUAUCAGGCCUCUCCUCCAAAGAUGGACCCACUCUACGUAAAGCCUUGUUCCCACCGUCUGCGGACAAAGAAGGAGACUGUGCCGGAAAUUUUCUACAGUGAAGAUGAAAUCAGGGCGAGAUUCUACGAGCAGUAUGGGACAGGUCCUCGAGUUCUCGAUCUUUCCAAGCCAUACUUUGUUUCUACAUGUCAGAGAUUUGUGGAGAAGUAUGAAGAGUUAAGAAGCAAGUGUGAGCUGAAGGAGUCUUCCCUGUUUGAAGAGACUGGGAAGGCUUUGCUUGCAGAAGGGGUUAUCUUAAGAAAGAGAGGAGCUCUCCCAGUGCCUGCCGAGUCCAGGAAUCCAGUGCUGGAGCUGAAGCUUAUAGACAUGUUGGCAGAGCAGCAGUCGGUCCAGGAGACAUGAAGGCCACGGCACAUCACAGGACAUGAGCGUCGCCCAAAAAGAUUCUGGGAUGAGCUGCUGGUCCCUCACUCUGCAUUAGGCUGUUUUUCAAGAUGUGAUUGGAUUUCUGCUUCUCUUGUAGACUGUGUCAGAAGUGUUAAAUCUCAGUGAUGAGGUUAUAUUAACGUUUCAGACUGCUGCAGUGGCACCAUGAGCCACAUUCAGUCGCAUUAUUCAGAGUUGGUCUUGAGUGAAAGGAGAAAUUCCUCAACUGAGUUUGUUAAUGUGCAGAGAGUUACAAUAAAAA